AUGACCCUCUCCCGCUCACGUCUCACCGGUACGAAUCUCAUGAACUCCACAGAGCUCAGUCUGCACAUUAUGCAAGAAUAUGAGUCUGGUGGCGCUUUGGCAACGUGCCUCCAGCGGCGUGAGCGACACUUCAUCGACUGCGCAGCAGCACCGCCACCUACUAUUACCCCAACUGUACAUGUGCCCCUGGCAAAUGUACCGAUCGCUGCAUCUGUCACAUUGUUAGCAGCGGGUUCUGCGUUCUCUGGCACUGCCUCUGCGUCUGGCCCGAGCUUAGUAUUUCAGCCUGGUGCUAGCUCACCUGGCCCCAUCACAGUCCCCAUGACUGGCCAGCCCAAGGCCAGCCCGAUUGGCUCAACAGGGCAAGCUUCAUCAGAGACGCAGCCCAAUGAGCGCGCACCCAAUGCGCCGUUCAUGCAGGAUAUUGCCCUUGCAAUGGCGCGGGCUGCAGAAUCUGCGAUUCAGGCAGAACUUCUCUCCACUGUCAUGUCUCAGUGUCAUGGGCAGCCAUUACAUUGCCGCCUUGAUGAUUUAUUCGAUUUUAGGAACACAUAUUGGACUGACACUAUGGACAAGCUGGGGUUGCGCGGGCUAGAAGAAGAGAUGGAGGUUCAUGGGUUGUUUGAUUUGGAUGCAGAAGGGGAAGAGGACUGUGAGGAACUUCGCGCUUGUACUUAG